AAAGUUAACAGCUGAAGGCUGCAGUUGACGCGGAAGGCCGUCAUUUUGGCACGCGGGCUCCGAAUCUCAGCGGUUCACACCAGACGGAGAGAUGAAACCGGAUGGGGUUGCCACGGCAGCCAUGGAGGCUAUGGAAGGAGCCGGGGCGGAGUCGGCUGCUGAGGCCUUGCCUGCGGAGGAGACGGCGCAGCCGCUCCAAACUGAAGAGGUUAAAAAGGACCAGCCAGAGGUGACACCCCCAGCUGAGAAGGCGAAGAACAGCAAGGCCGGGGAGCCCAAGGCCAAAGCAAAGGCUCCGGCCAAGGCCGCCAGUACGACGAAGACCCCCCAGAAGGCCGGCGCGGCCGCCAGCACCAAGCCCAGCCUAACAUCUGCGCCUUCUUCACGACCCAGCACGGCAAAGAGCCGCCCAGUCAAUGGCGUCCAGAAGCAGCCCACGUCAAACGGAGCGGCGAAGAAAGCCGACGUCUCGGCACCCGAGAAAAAGAAAUCGACACCCGCUCCGGCGUCGGCUAAAAGGCCGGUCGGCGCCCCGGCGACCUCCCCGGCCAAGCCAGCUGAGAAGAAGCCGGCAGGGGUCCCGAAACCCACCCCCAGCCCUGCCGCGAGCAGCGGUGCGAAGACCGCUGGGACUCCGUCGCCGAAUAAGAAAGCCCUGGUCGGACCAAGUAACGGCACGAGCGCCAAGCCCAAAACCGCCGCUCCUAGACCUGCCUCGGCUGCUCCCUCCAAGCCCGGCAGCGUGGCCGCGACCAAACCCGAUAAGCCGCCCGUUUCCAAGACAACCAGGUCAGCCAGUGGUGCUCCAGGGGCUCGACCUGCACCUGUGGCUUCCACAGGGAAGCCAGCCCCUGCGUCUACUCGGCCAGCUCCUUCAAAGACUUCAACCACAGCCCCCUCUGCUGGUCGAACAUCCACUGGGCAGACUCCCAAACCUGCAACUCCUGCAAAGAAAGAUGUUAGUCGACCGACUGCCACGACGACCAAGAAGCCAUCUGAGUCUGUUAAUCGUCCUUCACCAGCCAAGAUCUCGAAGAAUGAGCCUCCAAAACUAUCUGCCUCCAAGACCGAGGCCACCGCCAAGCGUCCUCCGUCUGGUAGCAAGCCAACUGAACAGAAGCCUGCACGUACAGCACCCCAGGAAAGUAAAGUCUCUGCAAGUCCUCGAUCCACUGGCUCCAAGCCUGGUGCAGGCAAGGCUGCUGUCCAAACCCCUAAAAAGGCUGUGGGCAGCAGUACCCCAAUGCCUGUGAAGCGUACGCCCAAACCGUCUCAAUCUGUGCAGUCCACCAAUGUGGUUGAGGAGUCAACCAAAGAGAAUGGCUCUGAAAAAAUUUCCGCUCCUGCCAUUAAUCCUGUGGCUCUGGCUCCCUCACCCUCUGAUUCUCAGGAAGUAGGGCUGGGUGAUGCUCCGGUGGCUCAGAAAGAAGAAGUCCCUGAGCCAGUGGAGCCUCAGAAUAUUCUGGAUAACCCAGCAGAAACAAAGGCUGAGGUUGUUGAAAUGUCUGCUCCCAGGCCUGAAAGUUUGCAGGAUCUGGACAGUGUUGCAGUGACAGAAGAGGCUGCAUUGGCCCUAGGUACAAUAGCCUUAUCGCCUCCUUCCUCACCCCCUUCUCCUACACAAUUAGCUGUGCGGAGUCCCUCCCCCCUCGAGGAAGAUGCACAAUGCCAGGAUCUCUCUGAGAGCCAAAAUCAACCUGCCAGUGUGGUAGCUCCAGAAGAUUCACAGGAACUUGAGCCAGAACAUCAGCAGGACGUAUUAUUAUCCGCUACGUUGGAGUCAGUGUCACAAGCAACCAUUCCUUCCAAUGAUCUCACAUUGUCUUCUCCAGCUGGGGAACAUGAGGUGGCUGUGGAGAAGGCAGAAGAAGAAAUCAAUGUUGAUGAUGAUGAUGAAGAUGAGGAUGAAGAGGAGGAAAAACAGGAGGAAUCUGACCUGCAAAUGGUCAGAAAUCAACCUAUGGAGGAAUCCCUGGGGGAGUCAACUGAUCCAUCUGGCUACACAGAGCCAAACAAUGCUCCAACUCUGGAGCCAGAAGCUGAGGAUGUAAGCGGCAGCUACCAGGAGCUCCAGGAGGAGGGUACACAUGAAACCCAGCACAUGGAUGAAUCACUGCAUGAGGUGGAUGAUCUGGCUGGCUGCACUGGACAAAAACAACCACUAACCCCAGAACUUGAAACGGACAAUGAAGGCAUGAAUGGCAGCCACAAGGAAGUGCCAGAGCAGGGUCCCAAUGGGAUGGUUGUAGAAGAGUCAGCUGAUCUGGCCAGCUUCACAGAACAACAGAGUGAUUCAGCCCUAGGACUGGAUGGUGAAGAUGAUAUGGAGAGUAGCAACCAGGAGACACUGGAACAGGCUACACAUGGAACCCUCCUCACGAAGGAUUCCUUAAAAGAGUUGGCCGACAUGGCUGGGAAUACUCAACUAUGGGAUACUCUAGUGCCAGAGCUGAAGACUGAAAAUGAAAAUGUGUACAUUAGCCAUCCCAAGGCACCUGAGCAAGGUGAACUUGGAGCUGUUGUCAUAGACGAGUCUCUGAAGGAGUCUACUGAUCUGGCCAGUUGCACAGGACUGCAGCAUACUCCAACACUAGAAUUGGAUACAGAAGAAGAAGAUUUACAUGACUACUACCGAGAGGAGCAAGAGCAGGACACGCAUGGUACCUUUGUCCUAGAGGAACCCCUGGAAGAGUCUUCUAAUGUAGCCACCAGUGGGGGAUUGCAGCAUACUCCAACACCAGAACUAGACACAGAAGAUGAAGAAGAAGUGAAUGACCUCCACAAAAAGAUGUUGGAGCAAGAUUCCCAGAAGAAACUCCUCGUAGAGGAGAAGCUGAAGGAGUCAAGUGAUCUGACCAGUUGCAUGGGACUUCAGCAUACUCCAACUCCUGAAGUGGACACUGAAGAUGAAGGCAUAAAUGAUAGCCACCCUGAUAUACUCGAGCAGGGUACACACAGUACCCUUCUUUCAGAGGAACCCCUGAAUCAGUCAGCUGAUUUGGACAACUACACUAGCCUGCAACGCACUCCAACGCCAGACCUGGAUACCGAAGAUGAAGAGGUGAAUGAGAGCCACCAGGAGACUGAAUGCCAUAGUCCCCGUGGAACCCACCUCAUGCAAGAGUCUGUGGUGGAGUCGAAAAAUCUUGCCACCGGUAUUGAAUCACACCAUAUGCAAGUCCUGGAAUUAGACUCUGAAGAUAUGAAUAGCUUUGAGCAGGAAUUGCAAGAUAGAAGUAUACUUGGUUUACUGCAGAGCAUGGAAAGUGCCUGUAACAUGGAAGAGGGUAAUUUGAAGGGGCAAGAAGAGGAACCUGAAGAUGUCCUGCCUGAUAACAUUGAAGCCAUGCCUGAAAUUUCAGAGAAUAAUGAUGAGAGCGAAGAGGAGCAAGACGAGGACAUGGAGGAUGAUAUGGAUGUUGGCUCAGACGGGGUAGAAGAACCCUGUGGGGUACUAAGUGCGAAAAAUGAACUUCAUGAAGCCCUAGAGAUAACCAAAGAGGGUAUGUUGGAGAGUUUUGCAAAAGAGGAUGUCCUCACCAAGGAGGACCACAGGACUGAUAUGACCCAAGACCUGCAACUGCCCACUGUCCUGGAAGACUGUUUGCACCAGUUCCCCCAGUUAGUGCCUGCCCACCCAGCUGACUCGUCAUCGGAGCCCUACGCUUCAGAUCCUACAAUAGAGUUCCAGCCUCCGUGGCUAGAGCUUGGAGCAGUACCACAAAAGGAAGAUUCUCUCUAUCAAGCAGCAGGUGAACUGGAUUCCCCAGUGGAAGAGAGGGAUCUUGGGGCAAUAGCAUCAGCUGUCUGCCAGCCUGACUCACUAGGGACUGCAGAGCUGGUAGCUCACUGCAGUAGCGGUAGCGAAACGGGCACACCAGAGGAGCUUGUGGACUAUGAUAGCAGCUCAGGGGUGGAGUCCCGCUCAGAAGGCAAGCAGCGUACACCCGUACCGCCAGCUCAGCCAGACAUUGAGCAAGACCUCGGCAUCCAUCUGGAGAGAGGGGACUGUGAGGGUGAGGAAGAAGAAGCAGAGACCCUCCCUGCUGAUGAAAUUCUUGGGGACCCUCCCACUGCACACACCUCAGCCCCAUCGACACCAUCCACCUCAGGUGACGAAGCCAGUGACACAGAAGGAGAGGUACAGAUUGAUGAUCCGGCCACCCAUGGCAUUGACAAUGCAGCGUUUGAUAACAAGACCGCUGCUCAUGACCUUCCUGCUUUGGAUGAGGGAUUGGAAGGUGAGGAAGAUGGCGGAACACCUCAGUCAGCUGCUUCAGCACCAUCCUAUGCCUUUGACUGCCCAACAUCCAACGCUCACUCCACUGCUGAAAGCUGUGGCAAGAGUCCUGGGCUCUUCUCCUUGGAGAAUGAGGAUCAGCUCCCUGAGGAAGCCAAGGACCCAUCCCUGGUUCGUGAGCUGACCCUGCCAGCAGCUGUAGGCCAUGCAGACCUCCUGGGUACUGCAGUGGACCUCCUACCAAUUGGCCAACAUCAUGAGGAUGAGGAUGAGCAACAGGAGGAUGAAGACGAAGAACAGGAGGAAGAGGAAGCAGACCAAGAAGAAGACCAGUACCUUCUGUGUGGGAAGCCGGGGAUAGAGCUCCCUGGCUCACUGGGCUCUGCAGGGUCCAUGGAAACUGACCGACAUCUUUCACCUCGCCACUCUGCUGUGGAGGACCCUGACGCCCAGCCACCUUAUUUCUCUGCCAUUUGCGAUAAGACUGAUAAUGCUCUGGCAGGUAACGUAUAGUUCCUCCCCGUGAUGCCCCUUUCCAGCACCCUUGUCAUUGUCAUUCAUUCUCCUCUCAGUUGGGGUAGAUGUCUUAGAAACAGGGUAAGGCAAAGGGUAAAUCAGGGAGAGAAGAAAGUUAAAUGAAGGGAAUGAAAAGACCAGAUGUAUCCAUGCCACUCACUCUCAUUUUGGUCAUGAUUAAUUCAAUAGCUUCAGCUUCUGUGUGUUCAGUCUCUGCUACUAUUUACAAUUAGUCCUUUCUUUGCAUAUGUUACAUAUCUGAUCAUCUGCUGAACUGGCAUGGAUGGACUGGUCAGUUGUGGGGGUGGAGAAAAUGGGGGGGACAAUAAAAUGGACUCUUUACCUUUCGUGUAAUUAUCCUACUGUUUUUACCAAAUGAACUUUAAUUUUUUGUAUAUCUUAUUUUUGUUUCCCCUUUCAGUUGUUCAGAAACGUGUCUUCCCUUUGCUGUACGCACCCCUCAGUUAGGGUCAGGGAGCUCCAAGUCCCUGAUCUCCAUCCAUCUUUAUUUCUGUGUUUUCUGAAUUUGCCAUUUUAGCUUGGCAUAUACUUUUUUAGAUAUUUGACAGGACUUCCUUUUUUUCCCCAUGGGGUGUUUCAUAUCAAGUUGGCUAGAGAAGCUGGAUUGUCUAGUUGGGUCUUUUAAAUCGGUCUCUUUAUAGGAUUUUAGAUAUUUACAGGAAGUAGGUUUUAAUGUGGUCAGUAGACCCACUGCAACUAUUCAAUAUUAGUUCUUCAGAACCACCAGACCCAACCAAAGUAAAUUCUAGAUUUCCUCCAUCUGUCCAUGAAACGCUUUUUAAGAAGCGUAACAUUUUAACAGUAACCGAGUAAUGCACUUCUUUUCAAGUACUUUAACGUUGAGACAUUUGUGCUGAAUAGAAAUACUUAAGUGAAAAGGCUGUAUGCACAAAAUGUCUGGCAAAAAAAACAAAACAAAAAAAAAAAAAAAACAGUAUUUCUGGAUUGUGUAUAGAUUUAGAUCUGUAUCUUUACACAGAUACUGCUCUUUGUUUUGGUGUUUGGAAUUGGAACAGUAAUUUAUAUUGCUCUGUGUGGGAUGGUUUUAAAUGCAAUUUUGGUAUUAAAUAAAAACCCUUCUCAACCUCACGUCGGUACACCCGGUGUCACCUUUCCGAAUUGUGUUGUGUGUAUGUGUGUUACGUCGGUGUUUCUGAACGCACACCAAUACCGCUCCUCCACACAUAC